AUUGAAAAUCUGACUGUGAAGGGGGAAAAAAAUAUAUAAUAAUAGGAGACUAACAGCCAUUGUAAACCUCAAAUGGAUUUUAUCAGAAUUUAGGGUUUUAUAGCCAUUAGAAAUUGGGGCUUUCACGGCCACAGCAUCGCCAUCUCCAUCAAUUAACAGUUUGGAGCUUUCAUGGCAACUAGAGGCAGCAGAUCAGAGAAGGUCAGGCGAAUUUUUCAGCAAUUCGACUCCAACCAUGACGGGGGUCUCAACAGGGAAGAGAUGGCCGCGCUCGUCGUGGCUGUGAACCCGAGGGUCAAGUUCAGUGACGAACAGAUAAAUGCCAUUCUUGACGAAGUCUUCCGCACUUACGGCGAGUUCAUCGAUGGGGACAAGGGUCUCACCUACGAGGGUUUGUUGCGCACCUACGAUGAUGGUGCGGGCGAUGUCGACAGGGACUUUGAUGCGCUUGGGUUGGAGCUCAAUUUGGAUGAUGGACAAGGGGUUCCCAUGGCGUCUGAGGCUUCUUCGUCGUCCAUUGCGGACGAGAGGGUGGCCGUGGAGACGCAGAAGAAGCAGAGGACUGCUGCGUGGGCCGUCUCGCCCAAUCACGGAAUUGUCUUUGAUGACACCUGGAAGAUUGUGGACGAUUUGGAAAUUCUGAUAAAGAGACUGAAAACGAAGCAAGCCAAAGAUGGGAAAUUAAAAGCGGAUAACUUCGAUGCGUAUUCGGAUGCUGGUUGGUCGCGGGAAUUGGCGCCCUCCACGGAGAUUUCGGACAAGAGAGUUUUCUGGGAGGAGUCUGGGCAUGAUUAUGCAGUAUUUCUGAAAGAGUUGGGUGGGCUAAGGGGUCGUGCGGACGGUGCCAGAUCCAGAGAAGAGGCUUUUGAUGGUCAUAUGGCUAUUGGAAGGGUUCUGUAUGAACACCAACUGUUUAAAGAGGCUCUGGUGAGCUUUAAAAGGGCCUGUGAAUUGCAACCUGUUGAUGUCAGACCACACUUUAGAGCUGGGAAUUGCUUGUAUGUUCUUGGGAAGUACAAGGAGGCCAAGGAAGAGUUUUUGCUUGCUCUAGAAGCAGCUGAGGCUGGAGGAAACCAAUGGUCCUAUUUGCUUCCUCAAAUAUACGUCAAUCUGGGGAUUGCUCUUGAAGGUGAAGGCAUGGUUUUAAGUGCAUGUGAGUAUUACAGGGAGGCUGCAAUUCUUUGUCCGACUCACUUCAGAGCUUUGAAACUUUUAGGUAGUGCCCUUUUUGGCGUAGGGGAAUAUAGGGCAGCCGUGAAGGCACUGGAAGAGGCCAUUUUUAUGAAGCCUGACUAUGCUGAUGCACAUUGCGAUUUGGCUUCCGCUCUGCAUGCCAUGGGUGAGGAUGAGAGGGCAAUCGAGGUAUUUCAGAAAGCUAUUGAUCUGAAACACGGUCACGUGGAUGCUUUGUACAAUCUAGGUGGGCUCUAUAUGGACCUUGGUAGGUUCCAGAGGGCUUCUGAGAUGUAUACUAGAGUUCUAGCUGUGUGGCCGAACCAUUGGAGGGCGCAGCUAAACAAGGCAGUAUCUUUACUUGGAGCUGGAGAGACUGAAGAAGCUAAAAAAGCUUUGAAGGAAGCAUUAAAAAUGACAAAUAGAGUUGAAUUGCACGAUGCGAUUUCACAUCUGAAGCAGCUGCAGAAAAAGAAGACGAAACCUAAUGGGGAUGCGUCUGGAGAUGUGGCAUUUAUCCUUGUUGAAGCCUCAAAGUUUAAGGUAGUAGGAGAAAAGACUACUGUGAGACAGGAACUAACCAAUGCAUUACAAAUUAGAGCAUUUCAGAGGGUUACGAGGUUGAGUCGUUGCAAUGUAGAGCUUCUGAAGAAGGAAAUGAGUCAACAUGAUGUGCCAGUGUCCUAUUCUGGUAGCGGCAUCCCUGAAAAAUCCAUACGUAAGCCAAAUCUGGAAGAAAUACUUCGCAGGUUACUUAAUUUCCUGAAGCCUGAGACGUUUCAAGGUGCAGUCAAAGCCAUCAAUGAGAGGAUUCUUUCAGUUUUGGAUGACAAUGGUUCGGGCAGGGUGGAUGUGGGCAUGUUUUAUGCUAUUCUUGCUCCAAUUUGUGGUGGUCCACCAGACAGGCGCAAAAGGAUUGCCUUUGAUGCACUUCUGUGGCGUCCUAUGAAUGAAAGUGGUGCUCAAAUUAAGAAAGCUGAUGCUAAUAGAUACAUCAAAUUGUUGAGGGCUAUUUAUGUUCCUUCCCACGGUGUUAGUGAAUUGAUGGAAGUUCAUGGAGAAUCUGAUGCUUCACUGGUGUCAUUCUCUGAGUUUCUUGUCAUGUUUGAUGAUCCCGAUUGGGGUUUUGGUAUCAUGCCUACACUAUUGAAGCUCGAAACAGGGGAUAGAAAGCGCCAUGGCAAUUAUGUGUGCUCAGUUUGUCGCUACCCUAUAAUUGGUUCCCGCUUCAAGGAAAUCAAAUGCCACUUCAGUUUGUGUAACCAAUGCUACAGUGAAGGGAAGGUGCCUUCUACGUAUAAGCAAGAAGAAUUCAAGUUUAAAGAGUAUGGAAGUGAGGAUAAGUGUACUUGCUUUAAUUUGCAAUCCCAUAAUCAACAGUAGGUAGAUGACUGAAGCUUAUUUUGUCUUUUCAUUUUUUCAACUCUGUAUUAUCCCAAUAUGCUAUUCCAGUUUUCCGGUGUGAGAUAUUUAGCUCGUGGGUCCAUGCUUAACUGGGCAAUUUGCCCUCUGUACAAUAAAUUGUUUCAGGUGUUGGUUUAGUAUCUCUGUUUAUAGACAUUGUAAAAUCUUUUACCUAUCUCAGUUCUUUUAACUUUUGAGCGAUCAUUGUCUUAACUAUUGCUGGCGUGUAUAAAGAAAGCUAAGACUUUCGGCAUGGAAGCCUUUAAUUUCAUUGCAGAGU